GUAUCCUUGCUUAUUUACUGAUGACGAAAUAAAACACGGCGAACCCCUGGCACCAGUUGGAACCGUCCGACAUGCACUGAGUGACCACAAUUAUUUUAAAUACCACGACGAUGACGAGGAUAUGAUGGAACAAAAUAUGGUCAUUGGGAGGCCGGGUGAAGACUUCCAUGAACAUCCAUCAUGUUCAUAUUCUCAAAUUGAGAACUCUGCCCCACUAAGUAAAGAUGUUACAGCAGUAGAUGAAGGUUCAUCAUCAUUGCCAAAACUCACUGCAGAAGCCGUUUUCCCACCAACUUCCUCACAUUCUGACACUGUGGCCUCCGUCCCACAGAGUAAAGAUGGUGUAGCAGUAGACAAAGACUCAUCAUCAUUACCAAAAGUGAUUGAUGGCACUGUUCUUGAUGUUUCCUCGGAAGUCUCGGAACUAACAGAUGUGACAGCAGUAGAUGAAGGUCCAUCGUCAUUGCCAAAACUCACUGCAGAAGCCGUUUUCCCACCAACUUCCUCACAUUCUGACACUGUGGCCUCCGUCCCACAAAGUAAAGAUGGUGUAGCAGUAGACAAAGACUCAUCAUCAUUACCAAAAGUGAUUGAUGGCACUGUUCUUGAUGUUUCCUCGGAAGUCUCGGAACUAACAGAAAUUGAACCAACAUCAGCUCAAUCAUUGCAACAGAAGAAAUCAACACGGAAACGUAAUACAGGUUCUGUUAUGAAGAAAUUAAGUUCAAAGGGAAGAAAAUUCGUCAACGACAUGAUAAGUAUUACGAAAUCAUGUAUGGGUGACACUGGCGGAGAAAGACUUUCACAAGCUAAAUCAUAUGGAGGUAACGAGCAAUUGUUUAAGAAUUUCGACCUACUUAACAAACAGGCACAGACGUUUCUGCUAAUGCAAUUGAAACUGUGUCGCAAAAACAAAAUGUCCCGAACGUUCACGAUGGAAGAAAAGCGUAUGGCUCUAUUGCUGAUGAAGCAAAGCCCAAAGGCGUACAAACUUUUGGAAACAAUGUUUGCUUUGCCCACUAAGAGGACUACACAGACUAUCUGA